AUGGCUCAUCAUAGGCGUGGUCGGGGUGGUGUCCGAAUGGAGGGCCGUAACUCUACAGACGACAUGGAUGAAAUUAAAAGAAUGAUUCAACAACUCACUGAUCGUGUCGCUCGCAUCGAGACUCAAAGCCAUGGUGGUGAGAGUUCCGACGGGGAGGGAGACGAAAAUCCCUUUUACAACCACAUGCCGAUGGAAGGUGUGCAAAGGGGACGAGAUCAUUAUGGUCGAAAUUUCGACAUGAAAGUAGACUUACCUGAGUUCGAGGGAAAGAUGCAACCUGAUGACUUUGUUGAUUGGCUCAAUACUGUUGAGCGUAUAUUUGACUACAAAGAGGUGUCGGACGAGAAGAAAGUUAAGAUCGUAGCCAUUAAAUUGAAGAGGAAUGCCUCUGCAUGGUGGGAGCAGCUAAAGACUCGGCGUGAUCGUACCGGAAAAUCCAAAAUUAAAAGCUGGGAGAAAAUGAAGAAAGAGCUAAAGAGAAAAUUUUUGCCAGAAAACUACCGUCAAGCAAACUUCCUGAAACUUCAUAAUCUGCGACAGGGAAAUCGGACUAUUGAGGAAUAUACUGAAGAAUUCGAUCUCUUAACCAUGAGGUGUGGACUCGUCGAAGAAGAAGAACACACAGUUGCACGUUAUCUGGGAGGGAUGCGUAGAGAACUUCAUGAUGUGGUGGUCUUACAGCAAUACUGGAGUUAUGAUGAUGUCUUCAAGUUAGCCAUACAAGUAGAGAAACAGAUAAAGACACGGUCACGGCGUGUUGGAAUAGAGGGUUCUGAGCAAAAAAAUUCUUGGAUGACUAAAGGCUCAUCAAAUUCUGAGCCAGGGAAGCAUGAAGCACCUAAGACCAAUGCACCAGAGAAGUUUACUACCAGCAAACCGAAAGGGAUCAAGUGUUUCAAAUGUUCUGGGCCUAGGACAUAUUGCUUCUAA